AAAUUUUGCAGCAGUCGCGGCGUUUUUCUUGGAAUAACGCUGGAUAAAAGGCAUCAAUAGACUCCAGUCACAAAGAGAGAGACUCUGGCAUCUUCUAGUGAUUCCGGAGUAGGCUGCUGCACCAUUUGAGUCCGAGUUUCGCGGUAGAAAACGCCAUAAUUUCCGAUGAUGGUGGAGCUAGGCAAACCACGAUAUCGUGUUGGGUUCCUGAAAAGAAAGUAGCAUUUUGUAAGAGCCAUUGCAGCGUCUCUUCGCAGUUAGACACUCGUGGCGAACCAUGCUGUUCUCACUGAAGGAAAUCAUCCAGUGGAUCGGUCUCUCCGCCUUCGAGCUGUGGCUCCACGUCGUCUCCCUCCUGGUCUUCAGCAUCCUCCUCGCCUUAAAGCUGGAGGGCGUACUCUCAACCACCUGGUGGACUGUGUUCAUCCCGCUGUUCGCCAGCGACGGUCUCCACGCCUACUUCUCCUCUAUUGUUUUCCUGAGACUGAACCUCGAGGGCGACCUGAGAACGGCCGGGAUCCGGACGGCUUGGAGUGCGGUCGUCUUGGUCCUUCCGUUCGCCUUCAAGAUGCUGCUGUGUCAGAAACUUGAAGACCAGAACAAUCUUACGUUCGCUAUGAUCAUGUCACCUGUAUUCAUUCUCCUUCAGGUGUUGAUGAUUAGAGCGUGCCAAGUGGGCAACUGAAGAAAGAGACUUUUACUGUAGCGAUUAAUUAUAAUAUAUUAUGUUUACCUUCAGUAUGUCAUUGUGAAGGCUUGUGUACAUGUCAUGUUGUAUGUAAAGUGAAAUCAAACCUUUCUGUAUCUAAUGUACAUGCACAAUACUUUGGUUGGGUAGGUAAAACUAAAGACAGUGGAAGGAGAGGGUUUGGCUCUGCCUUCCAAUACCGUGCCCUAGACACAGUGGAUAAUAACACACUGCCCCUACAGCCUCAAAAAGGCUAUGGAAACACCUUAUUGUAUCUACACUAUGGAUAUAUGUGUACAUGUGAGUGUAUAUAUUUUGUGAACCAAGUAAGAGUUCUGACUGUUAGUGUAA